CGCGCAGACGCUCUAUGUUUGCCGCGAUGCGUUCGCCCUCGCUCCGUUUGCAAAGCGACAAGCCUCAGCCAGGGAGGAGUGUGCGGAUUAAGAUACCGAGUCCGCGAGAAGCUGAUUUUUUCCACUCGACGGGCGAGCGGACAACGCGACAAGGAGCACUCGCCAUUUGGUGUUUUUGUGAGAAGUUCAUCGAGCAAGCAGGGAAGAAAGCAAAAUGUUUCGGAAGAACGCAAGAGAUGCCGGUAUCAAAUUCAGAUUCAAAAGUCAACAAUCCGAAGAGCAGCGGAUCGAAGAGUCGAGAGCCGUCCUCGAGAAAUAUCCUCAUCGACUUCCGGUGAUUGUGGAGCGAGCACCCAACUCUAAUCAAGUGCCUGCUAUUGACAAACAGAAAGUCCUCGUACCCGACGAUAUUGCAGUGGCGCAAUUCAUGUGGAUCGUUCGUAGACGCAUCGCUCUCAGCCCUGAGAGGGCAUUGUUCCUGUUCGUCGGCCGUGUCAUGCCACCGUCCAGUAUGAGCAUGGGUGAGCUGUACGCCCAGUAUAAGGACGACGACGGAUUCCUGUAUUUGACCUACAGUGGGGAAAACACCUUCGGCGCGUGAACGAUCUCGGUCAGCGAGAGGAGCUCGUUUUUGGACAGAUCGAAAUGACUCUGUGAUUUCAGCUCGACAACAUGGUGUCGGCAUUGAUUCGUAGGAAACUCUUCGCAAGAUUUACUCUGAAUAAACUCGGGGAGAGACCAGGAAAUGGUUUGAUCGAUA